CUAUCAUUCAUUGUUCGCUUUUCCUUCAAAUUAUAAUUACAACUGAUGAACACAAAUCGCUAAAACUCCAAGAGAAGAUUCAUCAGUCUGCACGAAAAAAGUCGUGCAUAUGGCGCCCACAGUGCGCAUACGGGCGGCCAUAGGGCUGUGGUGGAGCACGCCAGAAGUCGCUGGGUUCGCAAGCAAGUAUCCGCUUCCGCCAGCAACAGCGUCAGCUUCUUCAUCAAGACGAGCGAGUCGAGGUAGACGUGGGAGGAUACGAGAUAGAAAUUAUGGAAGGUCAUGUGGUAAAGUCGUAGUGUGAGUGUGUCUGUAGUGUGUAGUGAUCAUGUGCUGUAAUUCAAAAAUUGUUUUUCGAACUCCAGCUUCUCUGUUAUAACUUGAAGUUCGACGACCUAGAAGUUUCUUCUAAAAAGUACCAAAAGGCAGAGACGAGCGAGAACUUUCUCUCGAUCGCCGUGAUCGGGAUGAACCACCAAGACGCGACCUAGACUACAAUGAGGAGUUCCGAAAUGAGCAUGAGGCCGACUCCGAAGAUGACGAUCGAGGGUCACGUGGACUCGAACAGCAGCCGCAAAGGAAUGAACAGGAAGAUACUUCUACAAAGGAUGAACUACCAGGAGAAUCAAGUAGUAGUAGAUCAUCGUCAAGGAAGGCAAGAACUACAACAUCAAGUAGUAGAAGAUCAUCGAGAGGGCCCCGCAGACGAGGUAGGAAAGCAUCCUUCUUCGCGACACUAUCAAAAAGCAAAAAAUCACGCUAUGACACAUCCCCUGCUAGGGCAGAAGACAUACUGG